AUGGGACGAAGACCUGCACGGACCAGGGUAAGACAAUCAGCGCGUCCACCAAAAUCUGAAUAUCCAACUGUUGACAAAAGCUCCCUUUACCAGAAGCCCAGAGCACCACGAUCGCCACGAAAGCGCAAGAUGGCUCCUCAGUUCCGCGAAGAGCACAUCUUGAUGAUCGCGCCCGGCUCGAAGACUACUCUUGCGCAGCUGGGCCUUCCCGAUUCCUACACUCCUGCGUCGCAUCGCUUCCCCACGCGCGUUUUCCUUGCGCCUGAUGGAAAGACCUAUGAGCCUUAUAGAGUUGUUGCUAAGAAGAAGGAGACGGAGCAGCGCGAGAACGGUAACGGUGCUGGUGAGGUAGUGGGUGCUGCUGAGGAGGAUGAAGAGUUGAUUGAGUAUCCUGAUGAUGAUGAGGGCGCGAUUUGGCCAAUUGAAGCCGGCCGAAUCGUGAACAAGUCUGCCUUCUUCGCGCUCCUUCAGCAUAUCCACAAUAGCUUCUCUCCAGCUCUACAGACCGUCAUCAUUCUUGUCGGCGACCCAGCCUGGACCUCUAAGGAUUACGAGGACAUCACGCGCUUCAUCUUUGAGAAGUUCCGUACCCCUGCGCUCACUCUCAUGGAGAGCGGGCUGGCCGUCACGUACGGAUACGGAGCCCCAAAUGCGACGGUAAUUGAUGUAGGGUAUGAGAAGGUUGAUGUCACUGUAAUUGCAGACUGCUACUUCGCGGCUCGUGGAAGUGUCCAUCACCAUGGUGGUGAGGGUAUGACAAAGCGGCUUCUUGAGCUCCUCGAGCCUCAUGGUUUUACCUACGAUAUGGCCGAGCAGCUUAAGAAGAGCCCCAUUUGCGAGAUAUUGCCUCCGGGAGUUCCACUACCAGGCACUGAGGAAACGGAUGAACAGGGCAUCAGUAAUCCUGCUGCAGCCGCUUCGACUGGAGCACUCGCAUCGGGGCCGACUGUUAAAAUUACAGAGGCGCCUCGAGUACCGGGAGGAGAUACCGAGGCGGGAGACGAUGACUAUACAAAUGGUGAAGAUAAGCUAAUUGAGGACGAGGGUGUGCUUGAUGUUGCAAGCAUUGUUGCGAGCGGCAAGACACAGGAGUUUCUAGCCAAAAAGGAAAAGGAGAAGGCUGAGAAGGCUGCUGCGAAGAAGGCCACCAAGGAGAGGGAGGCUGCUGAAGCUGCGGCCGCUCGACCUCAGAGACUUCCCAAUUCCAGAAGGCCUCGUGCCACAUUCUUCUACGAAGAGAAGGUCAAGGACCCGAGUGACAAGCCAGACAAGUCACCAGAGGACGUUGCCAUGGCAGAAGAGACUGCAGCUACCGAGGCCGAGCCCGCUGAGAAUGGCGCAACUGCUACUGAUGAAGCUCCGGCUGAAGAGCAGAAGAUCUCGCAGAAGAAGGAUGCACGGCGAAAGAUGUGGGAGGAGGAGAACCCCGAUCGAACCCGUCGUGGGGUUGAGAUUGGCGUCGAGCGCUUCCAAGCCGCACCCCAACCGUACAUCGACAGGAUCGCCGACACGGUCUACCGCGUAGUUAUGAGCGUCGCUGAUACGUCCAAGAGACAAGAAUGCUGGGACAAUUUGAUCAUCUGCGGCAACGGUUCGAAGGUUCGAGGUUUCAAGGAGGCCCUCAUGACUACUCUCAACGGCCGCUACUUGGUCUCUCCCAGCUCGGCCACAAUGUUCAUGAGCGAGCUGCCAUCUAAUAUCGCAACGCCCAGCGGCACCGGAUCCAUGACCCCCAAUGCAUCAUUCUCUUCCACGCCACACCCUGUUCCAACGGCUAGCGCAGUCAACCCCCUUCUCAUCGCCGCAACCACUGCCUCCAACCCGGCUCUCAACCCGAACAUCCAAGCUAGCUAUGGUAGCGGACCUCACUCUCACUCCUCGCACUCGCAAACCCCCACGAGCAUCAAAAUUCUCACUCCCCCAGCCUAUUUCCCAGAGUGGAAGGCCGGCUUUGAGGAGGCUGUGUUCUUGGGUGCUCAAGUCGCAGGACGGACCUUCUAUAUCGCAGACCAGGGCGCCUCGAAGUGUUUCUUGUCGCGCGUGGAUUAUAACGAGGAGGGUCCGAGUGGUAUCCAUCAAGUUUCCGUCGCCAGUUCUUUGCAAACAGGAAAGACAAGAAAGAAGGACAAAAUACUACACCUAGUCAUUGAAUCUGCGGAAUAUAUGCCUUGCUUUGAAGUCGAGAUGCCAGCCUCAUUUCAAGAGAUCCUCAAUUCCAGGAUCUUCCAGUUUACGGUUGGCGAAAACAUUGAUGGCAAGCCAACUAAAUUUUAUAUUCAUGAGAAAGCAAUAGCCCAGCUCUCUGAACCACUUCAGAAGCUGAUGGAAGGGAAUUUUGCAGAGGCCCAAACCGGCUGGGCAAGAUGGGACGAUGUGAGCAAGGAGACUUUUGAGCGCUUCGUCCAGUUUGCUUAUACAGGCGACUACUCGAUCCCAGAGCCCACGAAGUGGAACAAAGUUGCGGAGAGAAACAUUCCUGAGCCGCCUGUGGAAGAGCCGCCUGUGGAAGAGCCGCCUGUGGAAGAGCCGCCUGUGGAAGAGCCGCCUGUGGAAGAGCCGCCUGCGGAAGAGCCGCCUGCGGAAGAGCCGGCUACGGAUAACUUUGGCUGGGGAAACUACUCCAUCACAAACUUGAAAUCCAAGAAAGGGAAGAAGAAGAUCCAUCGCCCUAUCUACGACUCCCCUCCGUGGGAGGAGCCGGCGCUAGAGCUAGAGUUGCCGCCACCGGAGCCAUUAUCCAGCUUCAUUUCCCGCUCGUACGCAUUGCUUGCGCCGCGCAACAGUUAUGCCAACACCUGCGAGCCAGCUAAGCAUUUCGACCACCGCCAGACUUAUUCAAACGUGCUCCUAAGCCACGCAUCACUGUACGUCUUAGGGGAUUUUCGGCUCAUUGACUCGUUAAAAGCAUUGGCUUUAUUCAAACUUCACAAAGCAUUAUGCAUGUUUCAGCUCAAAGAUAGGAGCAUAGAAGAUGUUGUAGACCUUGCAAGAUAUGCAUACUCCGAGGAAGGUGCAGGGUCCGAUGAUGGAUUAAGGGUUCUAGUGUGUAACUAUACGGCUGAAAAUGCGUUGGUUCUGUCUCGCCAUAUUGGAUUUAUGGAGCUUUUGGGGGAAGGGGGCCAAUUUGUCCAAGACUUCUUUGAAUUGGAAGUGAGGAGAUGUUAA